GACCACCAUCGGAUCAAGAUUUUUAGAAGAAUUCUUGAGCAAGUCCCAUGGGAUUCUUUCUCAUAGAGCCGUUUGAUAUAGUGUCAACAUGUUUGAUUUUUAGAACAUUGUUUCUCUUAGCUUAUAAAAUGGUCAAAACUGCCAUAAUAGGGGUAGAUUUAGCCUAUUGUAAUAUGCUAUCAAAUUCUAAACCAUACCUGUUUCUCAAAAGACCUAACGUCUCCAGAGCCAGUCAAUAAAGAACCUUGGAUAGAUAAUUUGAACUCUAAAGCUACUAGUGGAACCAUUUAUGAUUCCCUCAACUUCCAACUGCUGUCUCUAGGGUUCUCUAGUGAGAACCCUAGAAAAACUAUUUAAAAGACUGAACGAACCUCCAGGGACAAGCCACAUGACAGAUGAGUCGGCUUGGCAACAAAUCAAUUGGAUGUCAUUCACAUUAUACGCAUCUAGACCACCAUCGGAUCAAGAUUUUUAGAAGAAUUCUUGAGCAAGUCCCAUGGGAUUCUUUCUCAUAGAGCCGUUUGAUAUAGUGUCAACAUCACACCAUAAUAGGGGUAGAUUUAGCCUAUUGUAAUAUGCUAUCAAAUUCUAAACCAUACCUGUUUCUCAAAAGACCUAACGUCUCCAGAGCCAGUCAAUAAAGAACCUUGGAUAGAUAAUUUGAACUCUAAAGCUACUAGUGGAACCAUUUAUGAUUCCCUCAACUUCCAACUGCUGUCUCUAGUGAGAACCCUAGAAAAACUAUUUAAAAGACUGAACGAACCUCCAGGGACAAGCCACAUGACAGAUGAGUCGGCUUGGCAACAAAUCAAUUGGAUGUCAUUCACAUUAUACGCAUCUAGACCACCAUCGGAUCAAGAUUUUUAGAAGAAUUCUUGAGCAAGUCCCAUGGGAUUCUUUCUCAUAGAGCCGUUCGAGCAAUUCAAACACGAUACAUUAGAAUUAUCUUAUAAGAUAUCAAAGAAUCGUAAAGAAGUGAGAUUGGUGACUCUGAGAUUUCUUUUUGGCUGGUUGCCCUUCCUUUGCCGGCCAGUGACUGCCUCAUUUCCUCAACUUGUGGUUGUUGCCAUGGAAUUGGAGACUUCAAUUCCAAUUCUGCUGUUUGGUAGCACAAAAAUAUGCGGAUUUGGAAUUGAAUUCUAAUUCCAAUUUUUCCAUAUCAAUUCCAAAAAUAUGUGAAUUUGCUAGCAUCAAAAUAUGUGGAUGUGGAUUUGGAAUCAUAAUACAUUUCCAUAUAAAUUAUAUAUACAGUUUUGUUAAAACAAAGGAUUUAGAAUUAU